AAUCAAUUUGUUUCAUCAUUGUCUUAUGGCUUGGAAGCUUUUUAUGGAGUGAAAAGUGAAGAAACUUGAAUUACUUUUCUUUUUGACUUACUAUUUGCCCCAUAACUUUUGAAAUCUCUGCUUUGGUCUCUCUUUUAAUCCGUGCAUCUUCUUUUUCAAUGGAUAUGAAAGGGGCAGAAAAGCAACCGAGUUCUCUGCUUUUAAAUCACCUUUGAUUAACUUUUGAAGGGCAUGUCAAGUUUUUCUCUUUGUUUUUAGUCACCAUGGAAGCUACUUUUGUCUUCCACAAACAGCAAUUUCUUUCUUUUUUUUUUUUUUUAAUAAUUGCAUAUUCGUUGCAUUUGGUCAAUUUCCUUUUCUUGUUUUUCCUUUUGGCACAGUUAUAUCCUCAUAAUAUUCACAGCUUUUGCUUAACUCUGAUUUUCAUGAAGUGGAAAUGUAAUUCAUUAUUCUAAGUAGAUUCACAGAUAUUAUUUCUUCUACACAUUUCCUUCUUGAAAUGAUUUUUAUUUCUACAGCUGCUGGUUGUAUUCGACUUAAAUCAAAGCUACCAGGCUGCUUUUUUUUUGGAUUGAUGAUGUUUGUUUGUUUAUGGGGGCGAUAUAGAAGCCAAGCUACUUCGGAUAUUCCAGGGUUUGCUUUAUUUGAUAAAAGCCAAACCUCAUGAUCACAGGAUGUGCGACUCAUCUGUUGUGCAAUCUGCCUUCUGCCAAAAUGAUUCCAUUUCGAAAUGUUCACAUUCUAAGGCAAUUUACUGCAACUCAGGAUCUCAGCUAGAUAUUGUCGGUGAACUUCAAGGUCAUAACUCAUCCUUAGAGGCAAGUAGUUAUAACGAAGAGACUGGAAGUGUUGAAUCAUGUUCUAGAAGCAGCGAUUCUUGUCCAUAUAGGUUUCAGCUCGAGCAAGAUGUACAUAAAUUACAACAAAAGCUGCAAAAAGAGAUGGACCUGCAUUCUAUUCUGGCAAAUGCUAUAGAGAAAAAUGCUACAGAAUUGUCAAGUCCUUCAUGCCUCCCACACCAUGUUCAGGAGCUUCUAUCCCAUAUUGCAGUAUUGGAGGGUACUAUCUCCAAACUUGAACGAGAGAUGGUGUCUUUGCAUUUCCAGCUUAGUCAAGAGAGAAAUGAAUUGAGACUUGCUGGAUACCGUUUGAGACAUUCUUUUUCUCCAUCAAUUUCACCUUCACUGAGGUGUUUGAAGCUCUCAAAUUCUGUACUGCAUCAUUCCUUAGAAGACAUAUCAUGCCAUGAGCCUACAGACCAACUAUCAGAAUCUACUGGUGAAUCAUCUUCUACAGAGUCAAUAAGAGAGCAGAAUGCAGUGGACUCACUUUUGCAUCUUGACGGGAAGAAAAUAUCUGCAAAGACAGAUGACAGUUCUUGGCAACCUUUACAGUUGGACAAGAUUUCAAGAGGGAUACCACCUAAAGGCCUUUGGGAUCACCCUAACCAAUUAUCAGAAGAGAUGGUAAGAUGCAUGAGAAAUAUAUUCAUAUCUCUUGCGGAUUCAGCUAUACCCUCCAAAUCAUCUGCAUUUAAAAGCCACAGCUCAAAUCUAUCACCACGGGGACAUCUUUCAAAUUCAUCAUGGUGGUCAUCAUCUGAACGCUUAAUGAUUCCAUCAUGGGUGCAGAGCCCACAAGUUGAUAUUCAAAGCAACGCUGAAGUUUUGGCUUCAGAGAAUUCCUUUGAUCCCUAUAGAGUACAUGGAAAAUUAAGCUGGGCUGAAAUAGGAAACUAUGGCUUAGCAACUGAAGUAUCUUGGAUGUCAGUUGGGAAAAAGCAGCUAGAAUAUGCUUCUGGGGCCUUAAGGAGGUUCAGAACACUGGUGGAGCAACUGGCAAAAGUGAAUCCUAUACACUUGAAUUGCAAUGAGAAGCUUGCCUUCUGGAUCAACUUGUAUAAUGCUCUAAUCAUGCAUGCUUACUUAGCAUACGGGGUUCCAAGAAGCGACUUGAAGCUCUUCUCCUUGAUGCAGAAGGCAACAUAUACAGUCGGAGGCCACUCCUUCAGUGCUGCUGCAAUCGAAUAUGUCAUUCUGAAGAUGAAGCCUCCUUUGCAUAGGCCACAAAUUGCUUUGCUUCUUGCGAUUCACAAACUGAAGGUUUCAGACGAGCAACGCAAGUCUGCAAUUGAUACAUAUGAACCACUUGUAUCUUUCGCUCUCAGUUGUGGAAUGUACUCAUCACCUGUGAUUAGGAUCUUCACUGCUAAGAAUGUUAGGGAGGAGCUUGAAGAAGCUCAGCGUGAUUUUAUACGAGCUUCAGUUGGGGUUAGCAGCAAAGGGAAGCUAUUAGUUCCAAAAUUACUGCACUGCUUUACUAAGGGCUUUGUGGAUGAUUCUAAUUUGGCUGUAUGGAUAUCUCAUUACCUUCCACCCCAUCAAGCUGCCUUUGUCGAACAAUGCAUCUCACAAAGGAGGCAAAGCCUUCUUGGUUCCCGUAACUGUGGCAUUCUUCCCUUUGAUUCACGUUUCCGACAAUGAAACUUUUAGAGAAGCCAUUGAGUUCACAGAAAAUCCAUAUGAAAACAGGUAACAUGAGUCCGUAUGAAAUAAAUAUGAGCUACUUAGCUCUUAAACUUCUAAAACAUUUGAGAAAACAAUUAUUUUCUGCAGGAACAACGGCAUCUCUACUCAAACAGAAAGAUCCAAAAAUGUACAGUUGAGCUAAGGUAUUGAGGAUAUGUAAGAAUCAAUCCUCGAACAAACAAGUAUCUGAUGAGUCAUGAUAUUUUUUGCCAUUGAUCACGAAGUAUUCUUUAUAUAUGUUUACGUCUUCUUUAAAUAAUAAUUUACUUUUAUUAUAUACUUGCUAGGAACAAAUAAUUCAAUUU